CUGUUAGUGAUGUUGACUUUUAAUUAUGUACAUACUUGUACACACAUUCAAACAUUGAAUGAAACAAAAUAGUAUCUCAAUCAUAAUAUAUUUUGCAGACAGAAAAUAUUGCAGUUAUUUUCAUUUCAACCCAUUUCAUGCUCCGUCUAAAAACGUCAUACGGAGUGUUGUUCAGUGAAGCCAGAAGGGGUUGUUCAGAGUAGGGUGAUGAAUGAAUGCUCGACAGCUGAUUUUUUGAUCGGCUUCAUAAGAAAACAAACUUUUUCAUCCUAUCUAUCAUAAAUAGAAUUCAGAGCAGCAUUAUUUCAUUAGAAGUUAAAAAUGAGCAAAGCUUUACAAAGCCUAACUGCACAGUACACGGAUUCUGAAAAUGAGGGCGAAGUGGAAGAGGACAGUCCAGAUUCGUCGAAUUCGCAAGCAUCUCAGGUUAUUAUUCCAAAACAACCAAGUCCAAAGGAAGAAAAAAUAGAAAAUUCGCCUAAUCAAAAAGAAAAUAAACGCAGAAAACGUAAGAAGUCGGUGCGGCGUUUAGUUAGUUAUCAGGAUGACACAGUAAUAUCGGAUGAUGAUGAAGACGAAAGUACAUCAUCGGAAUCAAGUAAUCACUCAGAAGAAGAAAGUGACCACGAUGAAACUAGUUCACAUAGUAAUGCACAAACAUCAAGAGAAACCACAAACAGUGUGCAAAUGGAAGUUGACGAGAAUAAUGAAUUGGCCAAUGAAACAAAAUCUCCAAAAAAAGUUGAUAAGCUCAGUAAAUAUGCACACUAUGGAUUUUCAUUACCUCCAGAGCCUAAAGGAAAGCCUUCAGCUGAAUUAGUUGAUAAAAUAAAGCAUUUAUAUGACAAGAUGGAAACAACCAAUAUGGACAUGAACCGUGUUAUACAGGGCCGCAAGGAAUUUCGUAAUCCAAGUAUAUAUGAAAAACUGAUACAAUAUUGCGACAUAAAUGAGUUUGGAACCAAUUAUCCACCUGAAAUGUAUGAUCCAUUACAAUGGGGUCCUGAAAGUUACUAUGAGGAAUUGGCCCGUAUUCAAAAAAAUGGAAUGCUCAAGCGACAAAAGGAGCGCAAGGACACAGAUAAAAUUGAACAAGCAACGGCUUUAGCCCGAAAAGUCGAAGAAGAAGCUAAGAGACGAAAAUCAAAGUGGGAUCAACCAGCUGCAGCCGUUAAACCUAUUCCGCCAACACUAACCACCACUGUUACUGGUACCAAAGGUACUGUAAUAUCGGCUUUUGGUUCUCUGCCGAAGAAACCCGCAGUUUAAAAUAAAAUAAUAAAAAUCAAGAUUGAGUAAAUAAAACCUUUUAAAAACUUA